AAACAUCAUAGAUCAUAUUUAUAAACUCUCUCUCACAAUAGGAGCCGAUGUUUUAUAAAGUGCCUACAUAAAUCGCGAAACCACACUUCAGUUAACGACUUCCUAUAGAGAUAUCUCAUCAUCUGUCAUGAAUUCAAAAUGUACAUAGCUCAGUGGAUUAUCGCUUCAAUGAUCAUCUGCAGUACAGCAACAAACGAUGGAGAAAAAUGCGAAAAAAUCAAAAUAGGCUCAGAAUUUUACAAGAGACAACUGGUCGCUACAAUAGAUGGCUAUCCUACAGGAUUGGUUAUGGAUCCAAGAACUGAAAACAUGUUUUUCCUUUUACAUAAAAGGAAUUACACAAGAGGUAUACAUAUAUUAAGAUAUGGGGCUUUAGGUGUUCAAGAAAUACCUAUAUCUGAUGAUUUAACAGGUCAAUGCGUUGGUAUUGAUGUAUUUAAUAACAUUAUAUAUAUUGGCACCAAUCAAGGUAUUACUACUUAUAACAAAGAUAAAAAUCAAAUCACUUCAGAAAGACCAAUAGGUGACGAUGAUGUACGUAGCAUAUUUUUUGACAAACGUGACAAUUUAAUGUACAUAACAACAGGGCCACAACAUGAAAUAUUCAAGUUUAUCAAUGGUUCCGCAGCUGUAAAAAGAUACGAGAAAGUACCAAGAGCUUAUAACUUUAUUCUAGAUGCAAAAGGUAACGCAUUUUAUGAAUACGUCGAUGGUAGAUUGUAUUUUUUCUCCGUAGAUCUUUUUGAACCGAUUCAAUAUAAAGGUUUUACUAGAGAGUUGAAAUAUAUUUUGCAAUUAAACAAUUUUGACGAAGCAAUCCUGGCUGUGAAAAGUUCCCUUUAUCGUCUAACUACUAGUAGUAUUUUUCCGGAGAAAAUAGCACAAUUAGGAACGAAAAUAACAGCUCUGUUCUUUGAUGCAAAGAACAAUAUUAUAAUUGGUACGAAGGGAAAGAUUUAUAGAUAUAAACCAGUCGAUAAAAACGACCCAUGCCCCCCCGAUGAUUAUUUUAUGUCUAGUAUUUAAAUGAACUUGUAUUCUUGUACCUUUUUAGUUUAUAACAAUUUUUAU